GAAGGUAUUUAUAGAAGCCAGAAAAUUUCGAGAGCAAAAGCAGCGAAGAAGCAGAUAUGGAUUUUAGUGUUCUCAACGAAGCCCUGGCCUCCAAAUCCUUCGAUAAGGUCGCCGAUAUAUGCGAUGCCCUCAUGCUUCAGGUAGUAGCGGAGGGCGUUCCUUUCCGAGACGAAUGGCCUUUUGCAGUUCAUCUUUUGGGCCACAUCUAUGUUGAUGAUGUUAACAGUGCGAGGUUUCUUUGGAAAUCAAUACCUGCUACGAUCAAGGAGAGCCAACCGGAGUUGGUUGCGGCCUGGAAAAUAGGUCAAAAGCUCUGGACAAGGGACUAUGCUGGUGUCUACGAGGCUAUUCGCGGCUUCGAUUGGACUCAGCAAACACGAGUUCUUGUUGCUGCUUUCUCAGAACUAUACACUAAGAGGAUGUUUGAGCUUCUGCAAUCUGCUUAUUCAACUAUAAGCAUCCAAGAUGCGGCUCAGUUUCUUGGAAUGAGUGAGGAAGACGCCACAAAUUAUGUACUCCGGCAAGGAUGGACAGUCGAUCCUACGUCACCAAUGCUAACUGUGACGAAACAAGCUAUUGUGAAAGAGCAGAAAUUAGACCCUGGCAAAUUGCAGCGACUGACAGAAUACGUCUUCCACCUUGAACACUAAAAUCAUAUUUACUUCUGAGUUUUGACUGUUUUGUUGACUUCGAAUUCUUUAAGCUAGUUUAUGCUUCUAAUCUUUAUGAGAAUUUCGGGAGCUUCUUAUAACUUCAUACAUAUUUGAUGCCUUUUUGUUUUUAAUGUUUGAAACAAUUUCACUGAAUAAUCAUGCAGCAAAUGUUUGAGC